AAAUAAUAUGCAUAAUCCUGUAGACUAUUAUUAUUCCAAUGAUUACUAUUUGUCAUAAAUUGUAAAUGGCAACUUAAAUCGGCUUAAUACUUCCUACUCUCCUAAAAAAAACAUGAUGAGCAUCAACAAAAAUGAUUGCCAACCAAUUAUCAAGCAAAAAACCUUUAACUCAGAAUCAAAAGAAAUACAUCCUCAUGUUAUGAGACAUAAAUUAAUUUAACAAACUUUCACUAAAUUUGCCGAAACUAUUCUUAAUGUCACUAACUGUUUUGAUAGCAUUACAAACACAGCUCCAAAAACAGAUAAGUUUGCUUAAAAAUUGAAACAUAAGAUAAUUACUCCUUCGAUUACUUCACCUCAACCUCAUAAUCAUGAAAUACAUAGAACUCCAGGCAGACUUCACAAAGGGGUUUUUUUGCUUAAAAAUCUUGACAAUUCAAUUAAUUAUAUUGAUAGAUCAAACAUUUUAGAUCAUAAACAAGAAUUUGGAGCCUUGUCGAUGAGUCCAAAACCUAGGACUAUUGAUCGUCAUUCUGAAUUAUCUAGAUAAAAACAUAAGCAAAUAUCAAAUAUUUCAAAUAACACAAGCUAAAAUAAAGAUUUAUCAAAAUAAAUCAUCGUUAGAAAAUCUCGUAUAAAUAAGGAAAUUUCAAACAUUUCUCUUAAACAUACUACUUCCAAUUUGAUUGAUUAUACUAUUGAGGCAAUGAAUGUUGAUUGUUUUUACAAAAAGAUCAGUCUAAAUCAUACUAAUAAUUUGGUUUUUAUUUAAUUUGAGAAUGUUUUGGGAUAUGAUGAAUAAAGUUACUUUGGAUUGCAACCUGAUUUUAUUACUAGUAAGCAAUACGAUGACUAUAUAGUUUUGAGAGAUCAUUACUUUUCGAAGGUUUCAUCUUCUCAAUCCUUCUAUAUUCUAAAGAAUUUCAAAGAAUUAUUGAACUCUAUCUCCCGUGUGUAUUAAGUAGGUUUAUUUACAGUACAAUACCCUUAAUUACUUAAAGAAUUUCUAUAAGAGAGAAAAUUAAAAGUUAAUUGUGGAUUUUAAAUUUUAAAUUAUAAAAUUGAUACUUUUGUAGUAGAUAUUACUUAGGUUUUAGCUAAUCUUUAAAUACUAACAACCGAUUUAUUGAUAUUAAUCUAACCAUUUUAAAUAUUAAACAAAUAAUAAUCUCAUAACUGUGCUAAUUCAGCAAUUCCAUAUUAUGAAUAUCAUGGUUAAAGGUUCUUUCUACCAUUUUCAGAGAAAAUUCAUCCUAAUAACUGCAGAUUAUUAGCCUUGCCUCAAUUAUCAAUGGAAUCUCUACUAAAAUUAGAUGAAUACAGCAAAGGAUUCGUCCAAAUUAAUUAUUUUAUUGAGCAAUUUACUUUGGCAUUAUAAAGUGAAAGUUACUUUACAAAGUUUAUUAAUAAAAGCCUAAGUAGAAUGAAGCUUAUUGACUUUUUGACCUAUUUUAGAUCAUAAAAAUAAUAAUUAUAAAGACAGUUAUUUUUUAUUGAUACUUUAAAGAUUUAAGAAAAAAAGUAAGAAGCAAUUAAAAUCAAAAAGAAAGAAUUAAUCUAGAGAAUGAUAGAGAAAUUUGAUCAUUCUCAAUAAGCUGAAUAAUAUAUAAAUGAUUUGAUGCAUAGAAAUAAAGAGAUUUUUAAGAAAAUGAGAAAUUAUAAAUAAGAAAACGUAAACAAAUUGCAUAAUCUAUAAUAAGAACUUUCUCAAUAGCUAAUUAGAUAUAAUUAUUGUGAAAUGUUUGUAGAUAUAACAUACUACUUAGCUUAUUGA